UCUCCCCAGGGUGUGGGCUGCAGGGAGGGGCUGCACAGGCUGUUUCCCUGAAGGAGGGAGGAGGGAGGGAUCACAGAGGCACUGGGAGUAAACGGAGAAGGAAAUGGCAGUGACCUGAGAGCCAGGUGGUCCCGGUUUGGGGUUGAACUGUGUGGGAACAGCUUCCUGGCCUGUGUGUAAGUGGAAGGGGGAGGGCGCUGAGGUCUGGGGCAGGAAGCAGUGGUAACAAGGCAGGUCCUGGCCCUGCGGGUCUGGGGCUUCUCUUCUUCCUGUGAGCUGUGUUGGUGGCUCCUGCGGGAGGUGCCCUGGACCUGUGGUCUGGUGGGGCCCAGGCCUCCCAGGGAUAGCAGGGCAGCCGGGGCUGGAGGAACCUUAGGGGCCCAGGUCAGGGUGGCCCUGAACCACUGCUUCCACCUGUGACCAGGGCUGCUGUGGGGAUCUCGGCAUGAGACCCCUUUUCCGAGGAGGGGAGGCACCCUGCCACUGUGGGAGCCCUCGGCAGGGUGGACCAUACCCUCUAGGAGGCCGGCACUUCCCUGGGUUCACGAAGAUGGAGCCUCCCGCCCAGUGGUGCAGCAGCCCUGCGUCCUCCCUCAGCCCUUUCUGAUGGCUUCCUGGGGAUUCCCGAUGCCCAUGGGGUGAUGAGAGGAGAGCAGAGGGGAGGAGGGGCAGGGCUGUGUCCUGGAGAAGGGGGUGCUCAGGCUGGUGUCCCUGGAGAGCUCUGGGCUCCUGGAGGCCAAUCAGAGGCCAAAGGUCAGACAACAGCAGCCUCGAGAGCCCCAGGAGAGGCAGGGGCCGUCCCGAUCCAGAUGUGGGUUCCCACUGUGAUGCCACCAAGGACUGUCCUGGAAGUGGGUGCCCACUGGGGAGAGAGACAGGGAUUUCUGGAAGGUUCUUUGUCUGUGACUGUGGGAGGGCCCCCAGGUGCCUCCACCCAGAAAGGUGAGAUGUGGGAGAGUCCCAGAGUCGUUCCCCAACCCUGGAUGGACCUCUGCAGCCUCAGUGCUACUCAGGUUCCAGCCAGACCUGGAGCUGGUGCAGGUGAAGCCCAGGCCAGGUGAGUUCCAGUCCAAUGAGGCCCCGGACAGGUGAGGCCCAGGACAGGUGAAGUUCGGGACAGGUGAGUUUCAGGCCAGGUUAAAUCCAGGUCAGGAGAGGUCCAGGUGAGUUGAGGUCCAGGUCAGGUGAAGCUCCUGAUAGGUGAGGUCCAAGAUAGGUGAGGCCGAGCUCAGGUGAAGCCCAGGUCAGCUGAGGCCCAGGUCGGGGAGGCCCAGGUCGGGGAGGCCCAGGUCAGGAAAGGCUGAGGUUGAUGUGUGAGGCUUCUGUAGUUUUCUCUUGGUGCGAAUCCUUCCUGGUGUCCCUGCCCCUCCUCCCAGUCCCUGCUCUGUGCCUGCCAGAUGGCAGCCCCUGCACAGGUGGUGCUGGCUGUGGAGGAGCUGGGCUCUGCCUCCCUGUGCACGGGCAUCCCUCUCGGGCUCUGGUCAGGAGUGUGGCUGAGUUGCUUCGCUCCAGAAUGCACCGACUGUGCCGUCCUCAGGUGUAUACGUCCUCAGGGGUAUAAGGUCCUACGCUUGCUCCACAUCAGGCCCCAGGAGCUGCCAGUAGGUACCCGCCUGCCCUGCCACACGGUGAGCCUGCAGCCUGUUGUGGAUGCCCAGGGAGGAGCCCCCACUGAUGCUGUUACCUGGUGUUUCUUGGAGCCAAUGCUGGGGGCUAGGAAGUGUCUGCCCUGUUCCAGCCGGCUCCAUGGCUGUUCCGUGGUGGCUGCAGAUCUCUUCCCAGGAGAGGCCUGUGAGAGGGCUGGACGUCUGGGAGCCCUGCAUUCUCCCGUGAUGUUGCUGCCUGGAUCCCUCGUCUUUAACCGGAGUGCUGAGCCUCCCUGCAGGAGGCUGCCCUGCAACCGGGCAGUGAGGGCAAGGGCCCAGGCCUGCCUUGGAAAGACUUGGGUGAGCCUUUGUCCUGGAAAUACAACAGCCGGCCUGAGAGGGGAGCGGGGCCGGAGUGGCCGGAGGAAGGUGGGACUCAGGAUGGUGUGGACGACCUGUGGCCAGCGUGCUGCCUGGGUGGAGAGGAGCCUGCCACUGUGGGAGCCCUCGGCAGGGUGGAGCAUACCCUCUAGGAGGCUGGCACUUCCCUGGGUUCACGAAGACGGAGCCUCCCGCCCUGUGGUGCAGCAGCCCUGCUUCCUCCCUCAGUCCUUCCUGAUUGAUGGCUUCCUGGGGAUUCCGGAUUCCCAUGGGUCAGUCAUCCCUGCCCUGGAGCACAGACCUCCCACUGAGGGAACCCUCCCCACAGAGGACCAGAGGGCAGACAACGGCAGCCUUGAGAGCCCCAGGAGAAGCAGCCUGACACCCCCUGACAAUAACCACACCUGGAACUGGAGGCAGGGCUGUGAGGAGGAGCUUCCCAGGGAACAGGGUGGGUCCAGACAGCUGUGCCAGGAGCCCCCAGGGCUGGGGAGGCGGGGGGCUGCUCAGGGACCAGACAUGCACAGUGUACCCCUGGAGAGGCGUCUGCAGCCUCCUGGGCUGUGGGACAGGUCUCUGGUCAGCAGGAGGCUGGGUGCUCCCCCGGCAUGUGCUCUCCUGUCUCCUCACUGGUGAGCUCCUAUGUGACCCAGUGCGGGCCCAGCUCCAGUGUUCACAGCUGUCAGCCUGGCCGAGGGUCCAGGCAGAACUGGGCAUGGGCUCCUUCUUAGGGGCCUUGGAGACUCUCUACGGCUGUACCUGGGACUGGGGGCUCCAUGAGUGGUCUUUGCCAGGUGGGGAUGACAAAGGCAGGAGUUUCUACGUGGGCAGGUGAGGGGGACUGUCUGGGGCCUGGCCCUACGGAGCACAGCGGCCUCUCAGAGGAGGGUGUGUGGGAGUCCUGCCUGUUGGGAGCCUGGGGGAUGCUGUUCUCUUGAUUCCAGCCAGGAUGGGAAUCCAGGCAAUUGGCAGGAGGUGCUGGAACAACGCUGGUGUCUGCAGGGAUUCCUGGCCCCAGGAAUUGGCUGUUAGAAUCGGGGUAUCUGUCGGGACAGGGUCUGGUGCAGCUGGCAGGGAAGGGACCAGGGCACCUGUGGUCAUCAGUGAGGUCACCUCAGAGCCCUCUGAAGCCCCUGUUUGGGGGCACAUGGUGUGCAGGGCACCAGCCCAUGGGCUGAGAUGGCCCGGGUGUCCCUAGAAUCCGAGAGUCUUGGCACAAACUCUCAGGCCUGGCUCUUGUGGUCCUGGGGAGCUCUGAGCCGAGGCGUGUGCAUGGCCCCUGGGUGUCCGGCCAGUUUUUGUCUCUGGUUUCAUCACUGUGGUAGUCACCAUAGUCCACAGUAGGAGGGCCCAUCAAAAAAGCCCCUGAGUGUGGCCAGAGAGGCCUUUCCCAUGCAGGCCCUGGUGCAGGCGUCUGGGGCCCCCACUGACAGUGGUGCUGCGUCCUGGGGAUCUCAGGCCUUUCUGAAUCUUCCACAUCUGCCAUCCAGGGCAGGAGGGUCUGACUCACCUCCCAGGCUCCUGUCCCCUCCAGGAGGGGCUGAGGUGACGUCCGGCCGGAGAGUAUGCAGGAGUCAGGCCUCCUGGAGUUUGAGCCCUGGGGCAGGUGCAGGAGGUGGGACUCCAUUUAGGGGCUGGGAAGGGCUGGGCUGUGGGGCUGCCCCCACGGGCCAUCUUGUGUUCUGGGGCCGUCCCGAUCCAGAUGUGGGUUCCCGCUCUGAUGCCACCGAGGACUGUCCUGGAAGAGGGUGGCCACUGGGGAGAGAGACAGGGAUUUCUGGAAGAUUCUUUGUCUCUGACUGUGGGGGUGAGUCCUCUGUUGGCUUCCCCGGUGAGGUCUGGAAAGGAGCAGGACUCAGGACAGUCGGGCAGGAUGAGCGACGCCCAGCUCUGUCUGUCUCCGGGAAUGUCUUCUGUCUUGGAAAAGACCCAGGAGAGGCUCAGGCGUCAGGGCCAGGCAGGCCAGGGACCAAAAAACAGUGCACAGGGCCAGCCCCGCCCUCCUGGUGCCCCUACUCUGAUGUGGGGGCUCGCAGCGUCCACACAUAUGGCCCAGCCUUAAGGGAGGGGCUUCUAGGACCGCCGGCUGGACAGAAGCAGAUGGUGCCGUGGGACCGGCCCUGUCCCCAUCUGGACUGGGGUUGGAGGGCAGCAGUGAUGCCGACCCGUUGGAGUCAGGUCUGGCUGACCUGUGGGAUAAUCCUGGCCAUCUGUUUCAUGGUCUCUGGGGCUGGCAGGCAGGAUCUCAGGGUGGUCACUCGUGGGGCUGUCCAUCGUGCCUGCCGCCCUGUGUGUCUGGGUCACAGGCUGCACUGCUGUGGUGGCCACCAUACCCAUGGUGCUGUGUCCUCAAUCAAAAUCCUAACAUGGCACGUGGCGGACCCCCACAGGGAGGGCUGUGGCGGGAGACUCCCAGGGAUGGGUUUUUGAUGGACUCUGUGACACUGUGGGUGUAAUAAGUACUAGUCCAAGCAUUGUAAUACCACAGUGACACAGACCUCACUUCAAACCUACUGCCAGGCCUGGUGAAACCUGGGAUGUCCAGAGCUGACCUGAGGAGGCAGGAGGGCCCCGAGGGGAGGCUGUGGGCCCAGCGCUCUCAGGUCUGCUGCGGGGACACUCAGGUCUGCCCCUCGCUUAGGUGGACAGUGUCCGUGCCCACCUGUGUCCUGAGGCUCCACCUCAGGCUGGUAUCUGUCUGUACUGUCCCUACCCGCCCCAUGGCCAUGUUCUUUUGGUUGUAUAAAUUGCCUCCAAAUCAUGCAGGUAUCACUCUGGGGCUUUUUAUAUUCCCUGGGCCAUCAAGUGCCUCCACUCAGAAAGGUGAGAUGUGGGAGAGUUCCAGAGUCAUUCCACAACCCCGGAUGAGCCCCUGCAGCCUCAGUGCUACUCAGGUUCCAGCAAGACCUGGAGGAGGUGCAGUUGAGGCCCGAGGUCAGGUGAGGCCCAGGCCAGGUGAGGUCCAGGUCAGGUGAGGCCCAGGCCAGGUGAGGUCCAGGUCAGGUGAGGUCCAGGUCAGGUGAGGUCCAGGUCAGGUGAGGCCCAGAUCAUGUGAGCUCAGGACAGGUGAGGUCCCAGUCAGGUGAGGCUGAGGUCAGGUGAAGCCUAUAGGUGAGGUCCAGGCCAGGUGAGGCCCAGGCCAGGUGAGACCCAGGCCAGGUGAGGUCCAGGCCAGGUGAGGCCCAGGCCAGGUGAGGCCCAGAUCAUGUGAGCUCAGGACAGGUGAGGGCCCAGUCAGGUAAGGCUGAGGUCAGGUGAAGCCUAUAGGUGAGGCCCAGGCCAGGUGAGGCCCAGGCCAGGUGAGGCCCAGGCCAGGUGAGGUCCAGAUCAAGUGAGGUCCAUGUUAGGUGAGGCCCAGGUCAGGUGAGGCUGAGGUGGAUGUAUGAGACUUCUGUAAUUUUCAGUGAGUGCCAACCCUGCCUAGUGUCCCUGCUCCUCCUCCCAGUGCCUGCUCUGUGCCUGCCAGAUGGUGCCCCCUGCACAGGUGGUGCUGGCUGUGGAGGAGCUGGGCUCUGCCUCCCUGUGCAUGAGCGUCCCUCUUGGGCUCUGGCCUGGGAGUGUCGCUGAGUUGCUUGUCUCCAGAAUGCACUGACAGUGCCGUCCUCAGCGGUAUACGUCCUCGGGGGGAGUACGGCUCUGUGCUUACUCCACGUCAGUCCCCAGGAGCUGCCAGCAGGUACCGGCCUGCCCUGCUGCACAGUGAGCCUGCAGCCUGUCGUGGAUGCCCAGGGAGGUGAGUGCUCCACACAUCAGGCCUUUCCUCUUUAAAGUCAUUUCUUUGGGGAAACAUCAUCGAUGACUCAUAUACUAAAUAUAUGUCUGUAUCAUUGUGCAAUUGCCUGUGUCAUUAUUUAUUUAUCCAACCUGGGUUAAUGUCUUUGCUAUUGUGAACAGCGCCGGAGUGAGAAUUUUCUAAAUACAGCUCUUUGCGUUUUCCUCUUCUUGCGAUUUAGAAGUUUAACUGCUGUUUUCAAGGUACUGUAAUGUAUUUGUUCUGUUCUUGUUAGGAGACUUGCCAACCCUGUGCGUCUCAGUUCAUACCCUCUUCCUUGCCCAGUAGAAGUAACCACAACUGUGUUUAUGUGAUUUUCAUUUUCUUGAUUUUCCUUGUAGUUUUUCUAGUGGAAAGUUUAUCCCUUAAGAAGAUAGUUCCUUGUGCCAUGUGUAAAUUUUAUUUAGAAGAAAUCAUAGUGAAGGUAUUUUUUGGAGUUUCUGUUUUUACUCCAAUUACUCAGCAUUGUCAUGAACUGAACUGCAGAGCUGCCUGCAGCCUCUAUUGUUGUCCUCAUGGCUGUCUGGGUUCGCACUGCAUGAACCUGCCAUCGUUUAUUCGUCUGUUUUCCUUCAGAUGUAUGUUUGCUUCGUUCUCAGUUUGGGCUGUGACAGUCGGUUUUUCUGCACAUCUUUGCCCAUGAGGCUCUCAGGGAGGGCUCUAGGGCUGGCAUUGCCUGCAGGGUUCUGCUUUGUCACAGGGAGUUCCUGCCAGUGCUUUUCAGAGUGUCUGUGCCCAGCAGCAAUGCCUGAAGGUGCCCACUGAACUUUGCCCUGGCAUCAGGCGCUUUCUGUGUGCUUGCUUCUGUGCUGCUCCACAUUCUGGGGAAUUUAUUCAGAUCUGUGCUGCAAAUCCAUCUUGCUGAUUUUCUCUUUAGCUGUGCCUACAUCAGCUGUUAAGCAUCCCAUGAUGCAGCAGUGUGGGCACAGGGCAAACUUUCGAAUGAUGACAGCGUAGGAUAGCGGCUGCUCCUCCUUCCCUCUGCCCUUUCCACAGACUGUCCUCCUGGGCUCACUCCCAGCCAUUGAUCCCAAAAUCCAGUUUAUGGAACUCUCUGCGCAGGAAAGGAGAAACAGCAAAAGGCCCUGCUCAGGCUCUGCCUGCAUCCCCUCUUGCACACCCGCCAAAGCUCUUUCCUUGGGGCCUGUGCCAGCUUCCCAGCUGCCUCUCAUUUUCUGUUUACUCUGCUUGCUGCCCGGUGCGGAUGAUAUAUGGGGAGGAGUCUGGUGUGUUUUGGGUGUUGAUGGACACCCCUAGGCCCUACGUCUCAGAUGCUCCCCGCAGCCCGUCAGCCUCAGAAGUGGGAGCAUUUACAGCAGGGUUUUGGGACUGGGGCUGUGUCAGUGUGGGCAUAGCAAGUAGUACUAGUACAAUAUUCUCACAGUGACACGAGCCCCCACAGAAUCCUCCUGUCCCUGCGGAUGUCACCGAGUCCCCCCUUGCUGUCUCUGGCCAGUUCUCCUGCUGAGACUGUGAUUUCCGGGGAUUUUUGUCUGAAACUCGUGUGUCUUGGAGAGGACCCUGAGCCCAGUGCUAUACAGGGGGCUUCUCCUUUGUCCUGGGGGAGUUGCGUGGACCCUGUUUUUGGUCAAGGGAAGCGCUUGCUGGUGGAGGAGACUUCCCCUCCUCUCUUUCUCGGGAGCCCCCUCUGAUGUCGUUCCCUGGUGUUUCUCAGGGCUGAUUCUGGGGGCUCGGCAGUGUCUGCCCUGUUCCAGGUGGGACUGUGGGUCUGUUCUGUUUCCACAGGGUGUGGUUUGUCCACCGGUGAGGGGCUCAGGACGUCAGUGGCUGGUCUCUGUCCCUAUGGUGUGGGCUCGGGCUCACUGCUCCCCUGCCCUCCAGGUCAGUCGCUGACUCAGUUGCUAUUCAGUGGCCUCCAUGGCUGUUCGGUGGUGGCUGCAGGUCUCUUUGCAGGAGAGGCCUGCGAGAGGGCUGGAUGUCUGGGAGCCCUGCAUUCUCCCGUGAUGUUGCUGCCUGAAUCCCUCGUCUUUAAAGGGAGAGCUGAACCUCCCUGCAGGUGUGGGCGGUGAGAGACACAGGCAGACGUGCAUCAAGGUGCUGGAGACCAAUUUCUUUCAGUGCCUUCUGCCUGUGGAAGCGCUGAGCUCUCUGCUUCUGUGCACAGGAGGUUGCCCUGUAAAUGGGCAGUGAGGGCAAGGGCCCAGGCCUGCAUGGGAAAGACUUGGGUGAGCCUUUGUCCUGGAAAUACAACAGCCGGGCUGAGAGGGGAGCGGGGCCGGAGUAGCCAGGAGGAAAGUAAGGGCAUGGGCAGUGUGUGGGUGGGGAGUGCAGGGUCAGUGCCAUGGCUCAGGGGCCCCAGGAGAUGAAGAGCUUGAGGGCAACAGGGGGCAGGGGGUAGGCACAGGUGGGAGAAACUGAGGCUCUGGCAGCAGAAGAGUAGAGGGCCUACAGGUACAGGAUUGGCCUAGUAGGAGUGUCUGGAGGGAGGGACAGGGGUCUGGGUGGAGACCAGGGUGGGGAUUGCAGGGACAGGACCCCAGGGUUGUCUGGGUGGGCGGCAAGAGCAGUGGGGUUGAAAGGACUGGGGGCAGGGUCGGGUCUCCCCAGGGUGUGGGCUGCAGGGAGGGGCUGCACAGGCUGUUUGCCUGAAGGAGGGAGGAGGGAGGGAGCACAGAGGUGCUGGGAGCCAAUGGGGAGGGAAAUGGCAGCAACCCAAUGCCAGAUGGUCCCGGUUUGGGGUUGAUCUGUGGGGUGCAGCUUCCUGGCCCGUGUGUAAGUGGCCAGGGCAGGCACGGAGUCUGGGGCUAUAAGCGGUGGCAGGAAGGCAGGUCCCGGUUUUGGGGGUCUGGAGCUUAUCUUCUUCCUGUGAGCUGAGUGUGGGUGGCACCUACGGGUGGUGCCCUGGACCUGUGGUCUGGUGGAGCCCAGGCCUCCCAGGGACAUCAGGGCAGCCAGGGCUACAGGAGCCUGAGGGGCCAGGUCAGGGUAGACCUGAGCCACUGCCUCCACCUUUGACCAGCACCACUGCGGGGGUCUGGGCAUGAGACCCCUUCACCCAGGAGGGGAGGCACGUGAGUGAGACCCUAAUUCCAUACCCCAUGGGGGGCUCUGACCCUCUUGCAGAAGGCCUGGACAGAGGUGGGUGGCUGUGUGCAGGUGGUGGGUGGGGAGCCCAGACCCUCCCAGAUACAGCCUGCUCUGCUCCAGAAUGUGGGCUGGACACUGCAGGCUGCCUGGUGUGCCUGAGGUGGCUGCAUUCCCAUGGCCAGGACUGAGGCCCAGUGGGGACCGGGGAGGAGCCUGAAGGGGGCUCCAUGGAGGACCUGUCUUGGAUGACACCCCUGUCUUGGGAAGGACAUGGGGUCCAGCUGGGAGGAAGGGGAGUGGGCCACCUUCUGGGGGUCUUCCGCCCCCACCACCGCAGCCUGGGGGCUCUGUGCUUGGCAACCUGCCAGAAGUUCCUCCCUGCCCAGACCCCAAAGUCUGUGCUGCCACAGGGGAGGAAGGAAGGGCCUGUGGCCUGGUCGAGGUUGGGGCCACACUGGUGUUCCCUAAGCCCGAGUCUGCUUCAAGUGCUUGCCCCGCAGCAGGCCCUGAGUGAGGGACAGAGACGGGGCGGGGUCUUCGGUCCUGGUGGCCUCUGGGGUGGAUUCCAGUGGGGAGUCAUUGGGGUUGGGGUCCCCCAGGGUACUGGGGUGAAUGAGCUCCUGGAGUCUGCUCUGGAUGUGGGGUUUGUGCCUGGGCUGCCUGGGGUUGAUGUUGGGAGGUGCCGGUGACCCCUGUUUCCCUGAGGGACUGUUGGUGGUGGUAGGAUCAGUUCUGGCCAGGGGCACUGGGGCCACGGCAGUAGGAUAGGAUCCAGCCCCUUCUCUGACCCCCCUGGAGCCCCGGUCCCCGUCCUCACCAUUCAGUGGGGACUCCGUUGUGCUCUGGGUGCUGGGGAUCAUGAGAGCUGGGUAGGACCCAGGUUCGGGGCGGCUGCUCCUCUCUCUGGCUGGGCCUCCGGCAGUGGCCAGGAGACAGUUUUGGACGCAGCUUUUCUCACAGUGGUCGUUCCAGUUAUACCCACUGUGACUCGGGGCUGUUCAGAAGCUGCCCAGGCUCCCUGAGCUCUGGGGCCUCCGGGGUGAGGGCUGGGCUUGUGGGUGGGGCCUCCUUCGGGGGCUCUGGAGGCUGUGGCUUGUUUUAGGUGUGGGGUGAGCACUGGGAGCCCCAGCCAGCCGAGCACCCACAGAGACCGGGGCCUGCACACAUUCCGCCCGGUGUGUGGGUGGCCCAGGCCCCUCUGGGCAGGUCGGCCUCAACGGGGAGGGUGGUUGGGUCCUGCUCGUUUUCCUUUGGGUUAAUGGGAUUCAUCCCCUGGCCCCAGACCCCCUUAGGCUGCCCCUGUCCCUCCAGCAAUGCAGGACAUGGCAGGUCACCCUGGAGGGAGGCAUGUUCUGGCCUGGGUGUCAGGUGUGGCACCUCAGAUCCUCCUGCGUGCUCUGGGUUGAGCAGGACGGCAGACGACCCAGGGCCCCCACCCUGUCUAAGGACAUUUUUGCUGCAGCAACUGUGGGAGCUGACGGUGUUCACGGCCACGCCACGGUCAUCAUCGUAGUCAAGGCUUUCUAAGAAUUUCAUUGUGACAAAGCCUCCUAUGAAAUGGUGCCAUGCCCUGCUUCCUGAGGGUUACUGAGCCUGGAGACACCGGCCCCAUCCUUCCCAAUGGGGACACUUCAGGGAGCAGCUCUCAAGUCCCGACAAAGACCCUCCUGGCCACAGGAGAUGCACGGACAUCGGGAACGGACAGAGGAAGGACGUGCAGUUGCAGCCUUUUCAGCAGAUGCCCUGAGAACUGGAGGUCGGGAGUUGGAGCAAACGGCCUCUCUCCAUGGUGUCCAGGGUAGCUUCUGGAGCUUUGGUGCCAAUUCCUGAGGCCAGGGUCCUACCCUUCCUGAUGCCGUGAUGUUUGAGGGCUCUGGAGGAAGCCCGGCCUGGCCACUCCUGCACUGCCUGGGCCUCUAGUCCUGCUGCGCCUUGAGGGGAACCCAGGGCCCCAGCCUUGGCCCUGUAAGACAGGGCCUCGGACCUAAGGCAGGAGCACUCCCUACCCCAGACCUCCUGCGUCACAGGAAAUGCACAGACAUUGGGAAGGGAUGGAGAAGGAUGUCAUCAUUGGCCUGAGUGGUGGGAUGAGCUAGAAAUAGUUCUUAAUUCCCGGUAAUCUGCCUGCCACGGGGAGCAGGAGGCGAGCGUGAAUGAAGAGCCACAGCAUGGCAGGGGAGCCACUGCAAGGAUGCUGAAACCCGUGUGAACAGAGUUGCUGUAGAUGCAAAAGGAAGCCAUCACCACCAUCAUCACCACCAUCAUCAUCCUCCUCCUGUGCAGAUGGAGAGGCUGAGGCAUAGCGAGGUGACAGAGUCUGCCCAGGACUGCAGGCCAGCUGGUGGCACAGCCGGGUUCCAAUGGAAUGAAGGUUGUCAUCCUCAGAUGGCAGGGUCACGUCCAGAGCCCCAGGACGACCAGUAAAGCCUCUUGAGCCAGUGGCAGCUCACGUUCUGCCUUGCCGGCUACUCUUCUCCCGGGCAACGUUGGCUGCUUGCUGUGGCUCUCCCCAGGGACCCUGGUCUUGUGUGGUCCCUGAUGUGGAGUCCUCAAGAUACACCCAGAAAGUCCUGGCUGUGAAGUAAGGGUGCAGAGUCCUGCAGAGCCGCUGGGCUGGGCUGGUGCCCCCAGGAGAUGGAAUCCCUGGUGGAUGCCCUCCUCCCUCAGAGCUGGGGCAGCUCAGUGUGCACCGCCCCCACAUCCAUCCUCUCUGCCGGCCAUGGUUGUCUGAGCAGUCAUUCUCUGCCAGCACCUCUGCAGCCUGCGGGGCCUCAGGUUCGCUGUGAGGGACCUCCCUGGCCUUCUGCGGAGACGGAGUAAGCUCUGUCAAGGCAGCUUACUCCAUCGUCCCUUCCUGUGACACCAAUGACGAAGCAGACUCCUCCACACAGGCAUCCUCAGGGCCCAGGGCCCUGGGGGCACCUUCCUCCUUUCUUAUUUGUUGAGAAAAAAAGUGGCAUUGUGCUCACACCAGGAAGCUGGAGCAGAGCUGACAUGCUCGGGAAAGGGCAGAGGUCACUGCGGGUGGGAAGGGUCAUCCAGUCUAGACUCAGCACCUCGUGGGCUGGUCAACUGAGGCUCAGAGUGCUGGUGCCAGGCCUGAGGCCUCGCGGUGACCCCUCUCUCUGGUUCCCAGCACCUGCCUGAGACCCGUGCCAGGCACCCAUGACCUGGAUCUCCCUGUUUCCUCGUCCAGGGCCUGAGGAACUGCCUCCCCAGGUCUGUCUCUGGAGGCUCUGAGGGAGAUGGGCUUGGGGGCUCUAGGAGGAGGCAGGGAUUCCAGGGUGUCAGGAAGGCCAGUGUGCCGGGUCCCACCCAGUGAAGUAACCGUGGGUGGCGUUUGGGCCUCCCCACCUUCCCCAAUGAGUGUGCCGGUGCUGGCGCUGCAGGCUCAGGGCUGCCCGUGACCCCAGACACCGCUGUCCAUCCUGUGAGGCUCCCGUCUGGGCAUGUCCUGGGUGGAUUCCUCCUUUCUGUUAAGUAGCUACAUGAGGCAGAGGCUCCUGGAUCCAAAGCAAAUGACAGGAAUUCCAGAGCCAGAUGUAUCCACUCAGGGCAGCCAGUGUUCAUGGAGAUGCCUCCAGCACGUGGAGGAGAGUGAAAGUCAGCCCGCCCCUCUCAUGAGAAAAGAAUCUGCUGAUACCUCUCAGCCUCCAGCGUUGCAAGUGCAAGGCCAGUGGAGAUAACCUGCAGUGUGCACGAGGGAGUGUGCCAGGGGCUGUGUGCAGGGGUAUGAGUGUGCAAGAGCGAGAGCGCAUGGCUCCUGUUACCUCAAGGUGUGGGCUCCUGGUGGCUGCUCAACGUUCCCAGGUGUGAGAGGCCCCGUGCAUCCUAAGCUGCCUGAGAUUUCUGUGCACUGAUCGCAUCCUCAGUUUCUUGUCCACCUGUUCACUAGCAAGAGUCCAAGGCUCCAAGGACACCCUCCCUGCACAUGAUUGGGUGUUCAUGGUGGCCUGGGCUGUGUCCUCCCCUGGGGAUGAGGGUGGGAUGUCCAUGGUGGCCUGGGCUGCAUGCUCUUAUGGGGAUGAGGGUUGAGUGUCCAUGAUGCACUGGGCUGUGUCCUCCCUUGGGGAUGAGGGUUGGGUGUCCAUCGUGACCUGGGCUGUGUCUUCCCCUGGGAAUGAGGGUUGGGUGUCCAUCGUGACCUGGGCUGUGUCCUCCCCUGGGAAUGAGGGUUGGGUGUCCAUCGUGACCUGGGCUGUGUCCUCCCCUGGGGAUGAGGGUUGGGUGUCCAUCGUGACCUGGGCUGUGUCCUCCCCUGGGGAUGAGGGUUGGGUGUCCAUCGUGACCUGGGCUGUGUUUCCUUAGGG